CCCACCCGCCCGCGGCCAGCGCCCAUGGCCGCGCGCGCCCGGCGCAGCCCCCCGGACUCCGCACCCCGCGCCGCCGCCCAGCACGCAGAUCAGCGCCAGCCCGGCCAGGCUCACCUGGCGGCGCCGCCCGCCCGCCGCCCCGGCCCCGGCCCCAGCCCCAGCGCGCACGGCCACAGCCGCGGCGCCCGCGACAGCGGCGGGGGACACUGCUGAGCCGAAGAGCGCGCAGCCCGGCCGUCGGACCUCCUCGCUCGCCUUCCCGCUUGUGUGUUUUUACGAGUUUACAACUUUUCUGAGAACUUUUGUAUACAGAGGAACUUUUUUUUAAACGGCAUCAUCCAUUUAUAUUUCAUCCAAAGAAGAAGCUCGGGCAAAAAUUGGGGCGUUUUUGGUUUCGGCUUCGUUUCUAAGUUUUCCCCUUCUCCUCGUUGACCUUGGGGUUCGGGUACCCCUACCGCUUCGGACUCCCGAGGACAUUCUGGGCCCCCACAUUAAUGAGGCAGCCACCUGGCGAGUCUGACAUGGCUGUCAGCGACGCGCUGCUCCCGUCCUUCUCCACGUUCGCGUCCGGCCCGGCGGGAAGGGAGAAGACACUGCGUCCAGCAGGUGCCCCGAAUAACCGCUGGCGGGAAGAGCUCUCGCACAUGAAGCGACUUCCCCCGGUGCUUCCCGGCCGCCCCUACGACCUGGCGGCGGCGACCGUGGCCACCGAUCUGGAGAGCGGCGGCGUUGGCGCGGCUUGCGGUGGCAGCAACCCGGCUCUCCUGCCUCGGAGGGAGACGGAGGAGUUCAACGAACUCCUGGACCUGGACUUUAUCCUUUCCAACUCGCUGACCCAUCAGGAACCAGUGGCCGCCACCGUGUCCUCCUCGGCAUCAGCCUCAUCCGCGUCCUCCCCGUCGAGCAGCGGUCCAGCCAGUGCGCCCUCCACCUGCAGCUUCAGUUAUCCGAUCCGGGCCGGGGGCGACCCGGGCGUGGCACCCGGCACCGCUGGCAGCGGCCUCCUGUAUGGCCGGGAAUCGGCGCCCCCUCCCACAGCUCCCUUCAACCUGGCGGACAUCAACGACGUGAGCCCGUCGGGCGGUUUCGUGGCUGAGCUCCUACGGCCCGAAUUGGACCCAGUGUACAUUCCUCCGCAGCAGCCGCCGCCGCCAGGUGGCGGGCUUAUGGGCAAGUUUGUGUUGAAGUCGUCGCUGAGUGCCCCUGGCAGCGAGUACGGCAGCCCGUCGGUCAUCAGUGUUAGCAAAGGCAGCCCGGAUGGCAGCCACCCGGUGGUGGUGGCGCCCUACAGCGGCGGACCGCCGCGUAUGUGCACCAAGAUCAAGCAGGAGGCAGUCUCCUCGUGCACCGUCGGCCGGCCCCUAGAGGCCCACUUGGGCACUGGACCCCCUCUCAGCAAUGGCCACCGGCCGCCGACACACGACUUUCCCCUGGGGCGGCAGCUCCCCAGCAGGACUACCCCGACCCUGGGUGCCGAGGAACUGUUGAGCAGCAGGGACUGUCAUCCUGCCCUGCCACUUCCCCCGGGCUUCCAUCCCCACCCCGGGCCCAACUACCCACCUUUCCUGCCCGACCAGAUGCAGCCACAGGUGCCACCGAUCCAUUACCAAGAGCUCAUGGCACCUGGUUCCUGCAUGCCAGAGGAGCCCAAGCCAAAGAGGGGGAGAAGGUCGUGGCCCCGGAAAAGGACGGCCACUCACACUUGUGAUUAUGCCGGCUGCGGCAAAACCUACACCAAGAGUUCUCAUCUCAAGGCACACCUGCGAACCCACACAGGUGAGAAGCCUUACCACUGUGACUGGGACGGCUGUGGGUGGAAGUUUGCCCGCUCGGAUGAACUGACCAGGCACUACCGCAAACACACCGGGCACCGCCCCUUCCAGUGCCAGAAGUGCGACCGGGCGUUCUCCAGGUCAGACCACCUCGCCUUACACAUGAAGAGGCACUUUUAAAUCCCACACAGUGGAUAGGACCCACACUGCCAGAAGAGAAUUCAGUAUUUUUAACUUUUCACACUGUCUUCCCGGAGAGGGGAGGAACCCAGCCGGAAAGCACUACAAUCAUGGUCAAGUUCCCAGCGAGUCAGCUUGUGAAUGGAUAAUCAGGAGACAUGAAGAAAACCGAAAGACAAAUCAGAGAACAAAAACGGAUGGGGUCUGUGACUGGAUCUUCUAUCAUUCCAAUUCGAAUUCCAACUUGAAUAUUCCUGGACUUACAAAACGCCAAGGGGGUGACUGGAAGUUGUGGAUAUCAGGGUAUAAAUUAGAUCGGUGAGUUGGGGGGGAGGGAAGACCAGAAUUCCCUUGAAUUGUGUUUCGAUGCAAUAUAAGUGUAAGGAUCAUCUUAUAUUCUCUUUGCCUUCUAAAAGCCAUUAUUAUAUUAGAAGAAAAGAAAGAAAAUUCAGGUACAGAAAUGUGUUUUAAUAACCUAAACGAUGGUGCUUGCUGAGUCUUGGUUCUAAAGGUACCAAACAAGGAAGCCAAAGUUCUCAAACUGCUGCAUACUUUGACAAGGAAAAUCUAUUUUUGUCUUCCGAUCUACAUUUAUGACCUAAGUCAGGUAAAUACACCUGGUUUACUUCUUUAACGAUUUUAUGCAGACAGUCUGUUAUGCACUGUGGUUUCAAAUGUGCAAUAAUCUGUACAAUGGUUUAUCCCAAGUAUGCCUUAAGCAGAACAAAUGUUUUUUUUUCUAUAUAGUUCCUUGCCUUAAUAAAUAUGUAAUAUAAAUUUAAGCAAACUUCUAUUUUGUAUAUUUGUAAACUACAAAGUAAAAAAGUGAACAUUUUGUGGAGUUUGUAUUUUGCAUACUCAAGGUGAGAAUUAAGUUUUAAAUAAACCUAUAAUAUUUUAUCU